AUGCUCUAAUAAAUUGAAAUUUAAAAGUGCUUCUCAAAAGUAAGAAAAUUCACUUAAAUAAUUUUAGAGAGACAGUUCAAAUAAAUUUUAGAACCAUUUUUAAGUCUAAAGAUUGAAACAAUCUAUUUGAGCUAUAUAGAUUCAAUAGAAUAUUAUAUAUUUAAAAUAAAAAAUAAUUCAAUAAAGAAUGGUAUAUCAUAUAUUUUUGAGUAGAAUAAUUGUUAUCAAAAAAUGUAUCAUGAUUAAGCUUUUAAAUUUCUGNCGUCUGACUAUAAUAAAAAAAUUUCGAAUUAUGACAAAUAGAUAGAAACUGAAGUAAAUAACAAGGAUAAAAUACUUUAAGAUUUGUUAAAGUAUUGA